AUGGAUGGAGUAUUUAAUACAGCACGUAUGAUGUGGAAUUUAUUUAGUGGAAAACAAGCUGAAAAUUCCGAAGAAACGACAAAGAAGGAAGAACAAGAACAAGACUCUAUUAAAAUUUCAAUUAAACAAGAUGAAAUGUAUUCGAUCCGAGCCUGGAUUUCAAUGGCUUGUUUCAUGAGAGAGGCACACAAGUAUGGAGAGGCUGAAAAAACAUUUGAUAAAGCCAUGGAAAUGAUGAUCAAAGGAAGUGGUUUUAAUUAUAAGGAUUGUAUAACGAUGAGUAGCUUGAAUUUGGAAAUGGGAAGGAAUUAUGUUCAUCUUGGAAAGGUAGAACACGCCACUCAGUGCUUUAAUAAGGUUUGUGAGUUGGAAGUCUCAUUGAUGGAUAAAGGUGAAGCAAUGGCAGAGUUGGCUUGGUUGGAAUUGGAUGAAGGAAGUGAUGCAAGUCUUGGAAGGGCUAAAGCAAUUAUUGAAAAAUUACAACAAAUGACACAAUGUAGAAGAAUUGAACAAUUGUGGAAUCACUUGCUCGGAAAUUACUACCUCUUGAAGCAGGACAAUAAUUCAGCUUUGAAGCAUUAUGAAAAAGCUGUCGAGUUGGAUACUGCUUGUGUGGAUAGUUUGGCAGUUUUGGGAGAUAUCUAUUUCCAUCAAAUGCAAGACAAAACAAAGGCACACCUUAUGUGGUCUCGCGCCUUUGACAUUGAUCCAUAUAAUAAUAAUCUUUCUCACUACAAGCUUGCCAAGCAUAUUAUUAAGCAUGAACAUAAUUUGGAAAAGACAAGAAAGGUUUUAGAUAUUGGAUUAAAGUUGGAUCCAGAAGAUGUCAACUCGCACUACUUGAUGGCUGUUUGUUUGGAAGAAUUGGAAGCUGAAAAGACUCCAGGUGUACAAAAGGAACUGGUAAUUUUCCACUAUGCUGAGGCUGUUAGAUUGGGUUGUGAAAAGAAGGAAUUAUAUAGACGAUUCAGUGAAUAUUUGGUCGAGUUGAAGAAUUAUAAUUGGGCACUUGGUGUUCUCAAUAGUGGCUUGAAGAAUGCAAAGGAACACACUGUUUACAUUCUCUAUCUGAGACAACAAUUUUAUGAAAUUACAAUGCAAAAUUAUAGAGCUGCUCUUGAAGAUUGUGAACACAUUCUCAGAUUGAUCAGUCAAGCCAAUAUUACACAACAAGCUUAUGAUGGUAUUGUAUCGAAGGAUAUUAUUAAGGACAAGAUUGUAGAACUCAAGGAAAAGGUCUAA